GAAACUUAACUGGUUCCUCUGACGAAAUAACUGUGCGCCAUGUCCGAACGGGCUGCUUGUGUUGUGUUCCUGGAGCUAGCUCUGAUUUAAGCCUAUUUUUGUAUUUAUCAUCGGGUUAAACUCCUCAAACAAGCACCACUCUGCUGCCCCACAUUAAUCAUGAUGAAGACAGAGAAGGAAGCAGGGGAUGAUGGAGCAACAAAACCCAGUGACAGUAGCAAGGAGACAGAAAAAAAGAAGAGAUCCCGUGUCAAGCAGCUCCUCACCGACAUUAAGAGGCAGGUGGAGUUCUGGUUUGGAGAAGUCAACCUGCACAAGGACCGCUUUCUGAAAAAGCUCAUCGACGAGUCCGACAGUGGAUAUGUUGACAUAUCUGUGCUGACGAACUUCAGUCGCAUGAAGAAGCUGACGACUGACACUAAGCUGAUCGCCAGAGCCCUAAAGAAUUCAUCCGUAGUGCAGAUUAACCUCGAAGGAACUAAAGUAAGACGUAAACAUCCGCUUGGAAACCCACCAAAUAACGUCGACAGCCGGACGGUCUAUGUGGAACUUUUACCGAAGGACGUGACUCACAGCUGGAUCGAAAGAGUUUUUACAAAGUGCGGGAAUGUGGUGUACGUCAGCAUACCCAGAUACAGGAGCACCGGUGACUCUAAAGGAUUUGCCUUUGUCGAGUUUGAGAAAGAGGAACAAGCUCAGAAAGCUAUUGAGAUGUUGAACAACCCUCCUGAAGACGCUCCAAGGAAGCCGGGGAUUUUCCCCAAAACGUUAAAUAGGAAACCUAUUCCUUUUCCUGUGGACAAUCCACAGUCACGGGAGGAGGAGAAGAAAAAGCGCAAGAAGAAAAAAAAGAAGGAUGGAACAGCAGCAAAAGCAUCAGCAGAAAAAGUCCAAGAGGUUGCAAUGGAAGCAGAGCCGUCGGAGCACAAGAGGAAGCACGUGACAGCAUAUUGUGAUCCGGAGACCAGCAGCACACAGAAGACACCGGGAAAAUUAUCAGAGAAGAAACGGCGACGGUCACAGACUGCAGAGGGAUCAGAGAGUGACGUUCCCUCUAAGAUUAGGAAAACCAGUGAAAGUGAAACUGGGCAUAAGGAGGAAGAUGAAGCCAGCACGAAUCUGCCCAGUAAAAGCGACACAGAGGGAAAUACGGAAAAGGGGAAAGAAAACAGAGAUGACAUGACUGUGAAGGCAAAGAGGAAGAGAAAAAAGAAGCACAAAGAGAAGCUGAAAAUUGGAGAGGAAGUCAUCCCGUUACGUGUUCUAUCAAAGAAGGAGUGGGUUGAGCUGAAAGAAGAGUAUCUGGUCCUACAGAAGCGCAGCAUGGCGUCCCUGAAGAAAUGCAUCAGCAAGAUUAAUCACAAGGAUGACGACGCAGCUCAGGAUGGAAACGUUGAUAUGAGCAACAAAGCGGAAAAAGAAACUAAACAGGGUCCGCAGUUUGUCAGUGGCGUCAUCGUGAAGAUUACAGACAGCAAACCGUUACCAGCGAGGAAGAUCAUCAAAGAUGCUCUGUCCAAAGUAUCUCCAGUUGCUUAUGUUGACAUUUUGGAUGGAGAUGUUGAAUGUCACGUCCGUUUCCACACACCGGAGGACGCUACCGCCAUCAGCAACGCUAAAGAGCAGCUGCUGAAGGAACACAGCUGGAAGCUUGAGAUUCUUAAAGGUGGCCACGAACAGCGGUACUGGCAGAAGAUUUUAGUGGACCGCCAAGUCAAACUGAAUCGUCCCAGGGAGAAGAAGCGAGGCACAGAAAAGCUCAUAUCCAAAGCUGAGAAAAUCAUCAUUGCCCGAGCCAAGGAGGCCAACAAGCACAUCCGCUUUGAAGAAGACUGAGUUCCCCAAGGUUUACCACUCCAAGUUUUCACUGAUGAGUACUUGGCUCAAGUAGAAUUGUCCAAUUGUGCCCUAUGUGUCAUUUUUGUGGUCGCACUGGAGCCCUUGUCAUAAACCAGGAUGCUGCUAGGGUUAAAGAUGGUUCAAUUUUUUUUUUUUUUUUUGUUGCUAUAUCAGUGUUUUUUCAAAGCAGCCCUGUAUAAGUGUAAAUAUUCUUUUUAAGAAAUUUUCUCCAGUAAAGACGUGGUAGAGUCAACACCUGCUUUUUAAUAAAACGAAAUAACAUGCUUUCA